GGGGGGGAAGCCUCGCCCGCCACCCCCCCCACACCCCCCCGUUCCCCGGAGCUGCGCAGGCGAUGCCCGAUCGUCCCGGGUCCCCCCUCCCUGCCUCCGGAACGGGACCGAGCGCCGGGACGCCCCGGACGAGGGGCGGCAUGGCCGGGCGGGGCUAUCGGGGACUCCGCGGUGCCGGAUGCUGGUGGCUGCUGCUCCUGGCCUGGCUCAGCGGCCUCGGCACGGCGCAGAGCCCAGCCCUGGGGAUGCCGGCGCAGGUCUUCAAGCCCCCAGCCCCUGCUUGGUCCCGCUGGCAGCUGGACCCCGGUGCCUGGGGGCCCUGGGGACCCUGGAGCUCCUGCUCCAGCUCCUGCGGGGACGGAGUCGCCCUCCGUACUCGGAGGUGCCUGCGAUCCAGCGAGGAGGAGCCGUGCACGGGCGACCCGCGGCAGUACCGGCUCUGCCAGCUCCAGGGCUGCCCCAGCGGCUCGGUGCCCUUCCGUGCCAUGCAGUGCUCUCUCUACGACAACAAGCCCAUCCUGGGCACAUCAGCCCGGUACCAGUGGGUGCCCUUCCAUGGAGCCCCCAACGUCUGUGACCUGAACUGCUUGGCUGUGGGGCACAACUUCUACUACACCUUCGGCCGGGUGCUGGAUGGCACCCGCUGCGGCCCCGGCUCUCCGGACCUCUGUGUCAGCGGGCGCUGCCUGAGUGUGGGCUGCGAUGGGAUCCUGGGCUCGGGCGUGCGGCCGGAUACCUGCGGGCCGUGCAGCAGUGGCCGUGACGCGUGUCUCUUCGUGCACCGGCUCUUCCAGGGCGAGGACACCUCCUCCGGUUAUUUUGGGUACAUGAAUGUGACCAGGAUCCCAGCUGGGGCCAGCCACAUCAAGGUGACGGACAAGAGCCGCAACUACCUCGCCCUGAUGACGAGCGAUGGGCGCUAUGUGCUCAAUGGGGACUGGUCCAUCGCCUGGCCGGGGCAGUACGAAGCAGCCGGCACCCGGCUACGCUACACCCGGACCCCCGAUGGCACCGAAAGCCUGGAGGCCCCUGGCCCCACCGAUGAGGAUCUGCAAGUGAUGGUCCUACUGCAGGAGCCCAACCCUGGCAUCGAGUACGAGUUCUGGCUUCCCCGUGGGCACCCGCAUCCUGUCCAUGGCAACUCCAGCCCCCUGCGGCAGCCCCAGCCCCGAGGGGCUGGCACCCCCCCACCCCAGGACCCCCCGGGACCCCCAGCUCUGCCGCCGCAGCCCCAGAGCUCUGCCACAGAGCCGCCACCGUGGAGCCCCCCUGGCUGGGCCGGGCUCCCUGCAGGGCGAUGCGGGAGGUGCCGAACCCCCAAGGGCCGCUCCCAGCGCAUCCGCCACUUCUGCCAGAGCGACUUCGCGUUCCGGGGCCGGAUCCUGGCUCGGCGCUUGGUGGGGCAGGAAACGCGCUACGAGGUGGAGGUGACGGCUCCGUACCGGCAGCGCUCCCCGCUGCUGCGCCGGGAGUACCUGUGGGUACCCAACGCCUGCGGCUGCCCCCCGCUGCGGGAGGGGGCCGAGUACGUGCUGAUGGCGAGGCGGCACGUCAACUACGAGCGCACCCUCAACCGCAUCCUGCUGCAGGACGACGGCUACGCCCGGCCAUGGACACCCCGCGAGGAGCGCCUGGUGCGGGAGGCGGCCCGGCACUGCCCCGAGCCCCGGCCGCCCUGAGCAUCCCCCCCCCGUGGCCUUGGGGAGGGAGC